AUGGAGCUCGCGAUGUUGUCGGCCAGGCCUGUUAGGCCAGGAGCGGACCACAUCGAAAGUACGACGAGCUGGUACACUCUGGGACCGCACCUCCACGGACACCACGUCUUUGUGGACGGCUCGGGCCUCGACCAGGCCUACCCGCGCCUGCGCACCGCGGGAUGGGCCGUGGUGGUCUAUGACGAGGCCUACAGGCUGGUGGCGGAGGCGUGGGGAGCGGUUCCGAUCGCGGUAGCCCCCGAGCAGCUGGCCAGAGACGGUGAGGACUACGCUGUCAGGGUCCUCACGUCGCAGGUGGCAGGGGGCCGCUACAGGCUCUACAUUGACUGCAUGGCCACGGUGCGCUGCGCGGCCAACCCUACAGCGGCGGCCGCCGCCAGUGGCCAGCGAGCGCACCUGUGGGCUGGCCAGGCAGAGCAGCUGCAAGACGCGACGGUUGUCAAGAUCAAGGCCCACUUGGUCCCCAAGGCGGUCGCAGAUGGCCUCGUCUCGCAGUUCGAGCUGGACGGCAAUGCUCGCGCCGACAGGCGAGCCAAGCAGGGCGCGGCGUCGGCCAGAGCGAGCCUCGAUGACAUCCACGUGGUCGAGGGUUGCCAGGCCCUGGCUCGCCAGGCGGCGCGUUUCGCUGCCGCGCACGAGGUGCAGCUGUCGCGCACCAACAUGCUCGACUCCAUGGGCGUGGUGGCACUGAGGCUGAUCGGCCUCGGUGAGUGGCCGCAGUGGCCAUAUGAGUUCGAGGAUGAGGCUGAGGGUGCCGACGGUGAAACCGCGGCCAGUGCCAGUGCAGAUGUGGGGAACACGACGUCGGGGCCCGACGUUGUGCCCGCGGGACUUCAUCCCUGGCGCGUCGGCGGGCACGCCUUGCUCGCGGCGCCCAUUUUCGUGGAUGAAAAGGCACGCGCGGCCCAGCAGUCCGGCCCCAGCGCCGCAGACCCCGCCGCCUGCGGCUGGGAGGAGGCCUUCCCCAACAACGAGGCCGUGCAGAGUGGCAACACCGGCACGAUCUUCCCCAAGUCGCUGGACGACCUGGCCGAUGCGGACACCCAGGGCAGCAGAGGCACGGGGCCGUUGGUCGCGGCCGUCGCGGUGGGCCUGCUCGCGGUGGCGGCCGGCGCGUUCUUCGCCUUCCGGCGGAAGCCCUGA